AUGGCGCCCUCACGAAAUAACUCCUCCAACGCCGCCGCCAGGGCCAUGGCUGUCAAUCGAACAGCCUCGUCUGGUUCAUUCCAUGCUGGCGCGCCGAUCCCUACUCUCAGCUCCUUGCGACGACAGUCCCAUCGAUACCAGACUUUUCCUACCACUCCUCCCAAGACACCUCUCGAGCAACCGUAUGCUCCGUCGAAUGGAAGCGAUUCCGAAGAUGAUGACGACCACGAAGAGACGCCUCUGCCUGUGCGACAACUGCUGUUGCUGGCGUUUCUCUCCCUUGCGGAGCAGACCGCGCUGAACUCGAUAUCGCCGUAUUUACCUGAGAUGGUACUCAAUAUGCCCGGUAUUCCUGACGACGAGGCCGGUCUAUAUGUGGGAAUCCUCGCGAGUUCUUUCGCCUUGGCGCAGCUGUCGACCAAUUUCCUCUGGGGAUAUGCCUCGGAUGUCAUUGGACGCAAGCCGGUUCUGAUCAUGGGCACAACAGCUUUGAUGGGAUGCUUCUGCGUAUUCGGCUUCUGCAAGGAAUACUGGCAGAUCGUAGUCGUCCAUGUCGCAAUGGGUCUCCUCAAUGGAAAUGCCGCGUGUGUUCCGACUGUACUGGGUGAGGUUACAGACCGCUCUAACCAGAGUCGCGCCUUCACGUACCUCCCCGUCAUCUAUUCCCUCGGCAGCAUCACCGGACCUGCGCUGGGCGGCAUUCUUGUCGGCAGGAUGGGUAAAGAAUACCCUUAUCUUGCCCCCAACAUUCUGUCCGCUGGUCUCCUCGCUCUUAGCGUGGUGGUGGUCAGCAUCUGGUUCGAAGAGACACUGGACAAGACAGAAGUCAACUUUGAGAAGCCUGCCUGGGUUGAGAAGAUUAUUUCCUGGUUCUCCUCACCCACGCCCCCGCCUCGACGAGCAUCAUGGAGCGCGCGCUGGCCUCGAUCCCAAUCGCAGAACCAGCCCCUUCUCUCCUCCGGACGAGCCCUCGAAUCGGAAUCCGAUGACGAAGAGACGGAGAACGACGACGACGAUAGCGACAACAAGGCGGAUCCGGCAAUGUCUGCAUGGAAAGACCUUAGCCGAACCACGAUCCUCAUUCUGUUUACGUAUCUCGUCUUCCAACUCUCCAACAUCUCAUUCAACAGCUUAUACCCCAUCUUUGCCGCUACACCAGCACCUGCCGGCCGCGACUUGUUGCCCAGUAAGAUUGGCAUCAGUCUGAGCAUUGCAGGUUUGGCAAGCUGCAUCUUCCAAGCCUUCCUCUUCCAGGCGCUCAAGGUCAGAUUGGGUAAUCUCGGUACCUACCAAAUCUCGCUUCUGGGACUGGGUAUCAGCAUGCUGCUUAUGCCAUGGGUUGGCUACGCCGAUAGCAAGCCUUUGUUUGGCCUGGGAAGCGGCAAAAUGUGGUUGUAUAUUGAGCUUGGUGUGGUAUUGAUCUUGAAGAACCUGUGCGCCGUGGGCGGUCUAUCCAGUGUCAUGCUUUUGAUCACCAACUCUGCUCCAUCGCACUCCAGCCUGGGUAGCCUCAAUGGCAUGGCGCAAACCCUCUCGGCUCUUGGUCGCAGCUUCGGACCCUUCGUGUCAGGCGGUCUCUUCAGUCUGUCCAUCAACAUUCGACCCAAGGGCGAGGCAUUGGCCUGGAGCAUCUUCGGCGGUCUGGCCAUUUUGGGCUGGGUCUCAUCUCUCUUCAUCCGCCGCGACGGCCUUGAGAGCGACGAUUGGCAAGGCUCGGAUGAGAACCUCGCCGAGCAGGAAGCCGACGCCGCAUGA